GAGAGGGAGAGGGAGAGGGAGAGAGAGAGAGAGUCCAUACCAUAGCGCACAUUGGUUGGGCUACUUUUCUGACGACACAACAUUCAUCAACCUGUGGAUAGCGCGCGCGGUGGUGAUAUUCAAGUCGGAGGUCCCGGUGGUCAGCCGUGUUCUCAUCCUCGCUCUCGCGGUCAAUGAGCUAUUCGAUCUGUUUCGGUUCGCUGUAUUCAAAAGUUCACCGGCUGUGCGCCAUACUCGGUUUUUAUGAAUGGCCGGAGCAUGGAGGAAAUACCAUUCGAAAGAGUCAAGACUCGACGGAAGAAGGGUCACUGCCCGGCCGGUGCACCCCUGGGCGCCAUCGCCUGCGAGGACGAGUUCAACAGCAGGGAGCUAGAGGCUCUCUUCCAAAACUAUAAUCUGAAGCUGGAACAGACCGCCACGCUCAAAGCCCUGGCGGUGCUCAUCGUGGCCGCGUCGUCCCUGGCGCUGGUCGAGCUGCUGUCCGGUCCACGACUCACCGUCUCCAAGGGCUCCCACCCCGUGCACUGCGUGGUGUUCCUCUCGCUCUUCAUCGUCACCAACGUCAAGUACCUGCAGGUGACGCAGCUGCAGCAGAUUGCCAAGCUCUCGCUGCUCUUCAGCUUCACCUUUGCGCUCCUCUGCUGCCCGUUCCCUCUGGCGCUCGGCGCUGCCGAGUUGGAGAGCGCCGCUGCCCCCGAGCAAGGCGUGUGGCAGCUGAUGCUGGUCACCCUGGUGGCUUACCUGCUCCUGCCAGUGCGGACUCUGCUCGCCGUGCUUUUUGGGGUGAUGGUGGCCGCGUCUCACUUCAUCGUUACUGUGACGUCGGUCACGGGGAGGAAGGAACGGAUUUGGAGACCGCUGGUGGCCAACGUGGUGCUGUUCACCAGCGUCAACCUGUCAGGGGUGUUUGUGCGGAUCCUGACGGAGCGGACCCAGCGGAAGGUCUUCCUGCAGGCGCGCGACUGCAUAGAGGAGCGGCUGCGGCUGGAGGACGAGAACGAGAAACAGGAGCGUCUGCUAAUGAGUCUUCUGCCCAGGAAUGUUGCCAUGGAGAUGAAGGAGGACUUCCUGAAACCUCCUGAGAGGAUAUUUCACAAGAUCUACAUCCAGCGUCAUGACAACGUCAGCAUUCUGUUUGCUGACAUUGUUGGUUUUACCAGCCUGGCUUCUCAAUGCACUGCCCAGGAACUGGUGAAAUUACUCAACGAACUAUUUGGGAAAUUUGAUGAGCUGGCAACAGAGAACCACUGCAGGCGGAUCAAAAUUCUGGGGGACUGUUACUACUGUGUGUCGGGUCUGACCCAGCCAAAAGCAGACCACGCCCACUGCUGCGUAGAGAUGGGCCUGGAUAUGAUCGAUACCAUAGCGUCGGUGGUGGAGGCCACCGAGGUGGACCUGAACAUGCGAGUGGGUCUGCACACAGGCCGGGUGCUCUGCGGCGUGCUGGGCCUGAGGAAGUGGCAGUACGACGUGUGGUCCAACGAUGUGACGCUGGCCAACAUGAUGGAGGCGGGCGGUCUGCCUGGCAAGGUGCACAUCACCAGGACCACGCUGGAGUGCCUGAACGGAGACUACGAGGUAGAGCCAGGCCUCGGAAACGAGCGCCAUGCCUUCCUCCAGAAACACCACAUUGAGACCUUCUUCAUCGUUCCUUCUCACAGGCGCAAGAUCUUUCCAGGUCUGAUCCUGUCCGACAUUAAGCCAGCCAAAAGGAUGAAGUUCAAGACGGUGUGUUACCUGCUGGUGCAGCUCAUGCACUGCAGGAAGAUGUUCAAGGCGGAGAUCCCCUUUUCCAACGCCAUGACGUGUGAUGACGACGACAAGCGGCGGGCGAUGCGCACAGCGUCGGAGAAGCUGAGGAGCCGGACGUCCAUCUCGGCCUGCCCCGUGCAGCCCGCCCCGGGCUCCCGGGUCAACCGCUUCAUCGGACGGCUCAUCGAGGCCCGGCAGACGGACUCGGAUACCCUGGAGCUCAGAUACCUGACGCUGGAGUACCGGAACCCGGACCGGGAACGACGGUAUCACCAGGUGUCCGACGACCAUUUCGUCAGCGCCGUGGUCCUGUCUCUGGUGCUCUCCACUCUGUUCGGCCUCAUCUAUCUACUCAUGGUGCCACAGGGGAUGCUGGUCCUGCUGUUGCUGCUGCUGUGUGUGUGUUUCCAUGUGACCUGUGUGAUGUACCUGCACCUGACCAGUAUUCAGUGUCAGCCUGGCUGCCUCACCAUCCAGAUCCGCACGGUAGUCUGCGUCUUCCUGGUCCUACUCACCUUCUCCAUAACCCAGGCCUGUGUGGUGGUUUGCGUCCCUUGGCUAAGUUGGAGCGUCAACCUGACCUCGUCCUUUGAGUUCUUUGCCACGGACGCGACACUCCUGGGCCCGUGGAACGGUACUGCGGUGGAAGGGGCGUGUCCCAACGUUCCGUACACCCUCUUGUCCUGUGUGGCCGCCAGCCUCACCAUCGUCCCUUACCUCCGGGUCUCCUCGGUACCCAAGAUCGUCUUGCUCCUCCUACUCUCCACCAGCUACACAGUUGUCAUGGAGACUAGCGGCUAUCGGCAAGCCGUGGGGGGAGGCUUUCUUCACACCAGGGGCUAUGAUCCAGUUCUCGCUGUCCUGCUGUUUACUGGAGCUCUGACAUUACACUCCCGGCAGCUGGAUCUGAAGCUACGACUGGACUAUCUCUGGGUCACUCAGGCUGAGGAGGAGCGGGGAGACAUGGAGAAGGUGAAACUGGACAACAAGAGGAUCCUGUUCAACCUGCUGCCGGCCCACGUGGCCCAGCACUUCCUCAUGUCCAACCCCAGGAACAUGGACCUGUACUACCAGUCGUACGCGCAAGUCGGCGUGCUGUUUGCGUCCAUCGCCAACUUCAACGAUUUCUACAUCGAGCUGGACGGCAACAACAUGGGGGUGGAGUGUCUCCGCCUGCUCAACGAGAUUAUAGCUGACUUUGAUGAGCUGAUGGAUAAAGAGUGCUACAGGGACAUCGAGAAAAUCAAGACGAUCGGCAGCACCUACAUGGCCGCCGUGGGGCUGGUUCCUACCACCGGCGCCAAGGCUAAGAAGUCCAUCGCGUCACACCUGUGCACUGUGUCAGACUUCGCCAUCGAGAUGUUUGACGUCCUGGAUGCCAUCAACUACCAGUCCUACAACGACUUUGUCCUGAGAGUAGGUAUCAACGCGGGCCCGGUGGUGGCGGGCGUGAUCGGAGCCAGAAGACCACAGUACGACAUCUGGGGGAACACGGUCAAUGUGGCCAGCCGCAUGGACAGCACCGGAGUCCAGGGCAAGAUACAGGUGACAGAGGACGUGUACCGCAUCCUCACGGAUCACUAUGACUUUGUGUGCCGAGGACAGGUCAGCGUGAAGGGCAAGGGUCAGAUGCUUACCUACUUCCUGGAAGGGCGGAGCCAAAGGAGAGGAGUGUCCGGGAGCCAGCCACCGCGGCACGGCGAGCGGCGCUCAAGCCACUUCGCCCGCAGCAAUGUGUGCACCCGCUUGAGCCCCGCCCCCACGGUGGCCACCUACGCCGCCAUUAGGACGCCUAUCCCCGGCACGGCCAUGCCAACCACCUCCACCAGCAGCACCCGAUACCUGCCCUCUGCACCCGCCGCAAAGGUGUGAUCCUCGCACGCAUGCGCACCUACGCCCAAGCAGACUCUGUGACGGGGUUGUGGUGGGACGCUCGAAAGGAGAAGAAGAAGAAAGAGCCUUUGUCUAAAGGAGGCCUUGGUGCUAGGUGCUUGGUUCUUGGUUCUUGGUUCUUGGUUCUUCGGGCUGUGUCUCAUUAGCCUCGUGAGACCAUCCUGAUCUUGCGAGCUCCAUUGUAUUUAUUCGCAGAUCAGUCUGGUAACCUGCGAUGGAGAAAAUUUGUAGCCGGUCGCUAAAUUACCGGCCAAUCAGCGCUGUUUUUGAGGCGGGUUAAGGUGUGACGCAACGAGAAGCGACUGUUCAGUCUAAAAACAACACGGCGGCUUCCGUUGAUCUGAUUGGUUGAUUUGGCCCGUCUAUCAGCAACAUAGGUGGUGAAGGACAGAUGGUUUAUCCAAUCAGCUAACCAGUAUUUUCACCCCUUCCCAAAAGUUCUCCAACGGAAGGCUCACACAUGGAUAUGCUGAGCAAAUGCGAAUCAAUCAAUCUGGCGGAGUCAGGUUAGUGUCUCAUACCAGGGCUGAAAAUCAGACUAAUUUUCAGAUCUCUCCCCCCCCACCCAACCCACAGCGUUUCAGCACUGCCUGCCUGCAGGGGCGCAGCGUAGAUGUCUCGUAGUAGUAGUAUUUAAGACACCGCUCGGUCUGGGACCGUUUCAAAGGCAGUUGAUGUUCCCAGAGUUUCAGCAUGGACUCCCCUGUAUUCAGAAACACAAUACUACACAGUAUUGAAGGUGUAGCAUAUUAUUGUCAAUAUUCUCAGUGUCAAACCAAAUCAGUGCUGAUGCCUUAUAGUGAUUUAAAAUGAGUUUUUUGCAGCGACAAAUACCCUUUCAAAUGAUUUCUGCAUUCAUUAAGAGAUGAGUCCAUUCUAAAAUGUAAUUAUGGCAUAUGUGUAUACCUGAGGAUGGGAAAUAGGCUAUCCACUUGCCAAGCCAACAGAGUAAUGCCUUUAAAAACGGGAUACCACAUUCCUAUAGAUCAAUAUCUAGUGGCACAUUCCUCUGGACUGUAAUGCCACAUGAGGUAGAAAACCUUGAACUCUCUGGGCCUGACCAAUGGACCAUGAGUUAUAGAACCCGUUUGACUCUCUGGGCCUGGUCGAUGGUGAGCUAGAAACCCUUUGAGUCUCUGGGCCUCGUUGAUGAUGAGGUACAAACUCUUUGGCUCUCUGUGCCUGGUCAAUGGACCAUAAGGUAGAACCUCUUUGACUCUCUGGGCCUGGUCGAUGGACCAUAAGAUAGAACCCCUUUGACUCUGGGCCUGGUUGAUGGAACAUGAGGUAUAAACACUUUGACUCUCUGGGCCUGGUCGAUGAUGAGGUAGAAACCCUUUGACUCUCUGGGCCUGGUUGAUGUUGAGGUAGAAACCCUUUGACUCUCUGGGCCUGGUCGAUGGACCAUGAGCUAGAUCCUCUUUGACUCUCUGGGCCUGGUCGAUGGACCAUGAGGUACAAACCCUUUGACUCUCUGGGCCUGGUCGAUGGACCAUGAGCUAGAUCCUCUUUGACUCUCUGGGCCUGGUCGAUGGACCAUGAGGUACAAACCCUUUGACUCUCUGGGCCUGGUCGAUGGACCAUGGAGGUAGUACCCAUUUGACUCUAGGCCUGGUUGAUGGACCAUGAGGUACAAACCCUUUUACUCUCUGGGCCUGGUCGAUGGACCAUGAGGUACAAACCCUUUGACUCUCUGGGCCUGGUCGAUUGACGGCUCAGUGUCUUUAAGUGCAUGGUGCCAGUGUUGCAUAUCAGUCAUGUUUGCUGUUUGUUUCCCUAUAAUGCGUGACUUUCGAGACUCUUCCUUGAUCCUACGUCUAUGUGUAGCAAUAAACCAAGUUUGUCUUCUAAACCAAACCACCCCUGCAUGCUGUAGCCAUCUGGAUAUCUUUUAACUGUGUAUGUAGCCUAUAGAGUGAGCGGCCAGAGCCAGGUUGUAUCUUUGUGAAAAUGAUUGCAUGGAAUUUGGACAUUUUAUUUUUUUCUGUGGUGCGUGAAUAUCAAUCCUUCCUUUAUGAACUAAAAAAUAUUUGCCUGCUUGGAAAGACAUAUUUUUAUUGUUGCUGUACUUGUUAGAACAGUUUCUAUUUUUAUGAAAUCUUAUAAAAAACUGCUUUCGGUGCAGAGACACAAGAAAACUAAAUCAUUUCGAUAUAUCUAUAAAUAUAUAUCAAUAUCUAUAUCUACAUAGCUAUGUAUAUAUAUAUCGACAUAUACAAAUAUAAUAUAAAGACAUCUUUCGGAUUUGCAGACAAUAUAACCUCUUUUGGAUUACACAGAACACAAAGUAUAUAUUUGGUGGCUCAGCAUGGUACUAUUGGCUGACCUGUGACACUUAUGUCCUCGACGUUGGUGUGGCAUGCUUUGCCCAGACAGGGGCUCUCUCAUGCAUGACUAUGACACAGUCAGUGGAAGCACUGAAGACUUAAGGCUUCUUUGAACAGGUUUUCUUGCAUGUGCUUAAGGUAGCGGUCCUCUUGAAUGUAAGGUGCUUCUUUACCUUUCGUCUUCUCUAUGAGCUUUUUCUCGCUGGUCAGAUCCUCCAAAGGGAUAUUUCAGGAAUGAUUGACAGCAGGUUGGGAUUUUGCCUCCCGCUUGCCUUAGUCUUGACAACAGGUAGCUGGUUUUCAAAUGUGCCAACCUAUUUUCAAAAACAUAUCAAGGUUUAGUAUUGGGGCUGCAGUCCCAGGGACGGCUGACUGCAGUGGUUUUCUGUGAGUUUAUUUAAUGAAUGCCUGUAUUUUUCCGGUUUAAGCUGUCCCUGGAAAGAAAUGUUUUUGUAAUUGAAAUGGUGGCCAAUGUUGACUUUGGUAAGGCUUUUGAAAAGUGUAACCUGACCGGCAUUGUUUUGAGUGGAGUUGGUAUUCAAAUAUGUUUCAAGUUCAUAAUAGCCUUGGACUCAAUGUAUUAUCUUCUGUUUCAAAGAAAUGAAAAUGAACUUUAAUCAAAUUUUAUAUACUUGCUUUUAAAAGUCAGUGAUGUUUAUGGAAACAGGGUUGUGUACAAUAUUUUUCCUGUGAAUUUGAUAUUUUCAUACUGUAUGAUACGGGUUUAAAUUGUUAUAUGUAUUAAUCGAUAUUAUUGUAUAUUGUAUAUUGAGUUUUUCAGAGCUAUAUUAUGAAUGAUUAGAUAUUUGUCCAAAUCUUGAAUUCAGGGUGUAUUAAUUAAGAUGUUCUAUGUUGAUUGUACAUUUUGUUAAGAUAUUUUAUACUACGUGUUUGCACUGCUAUACUAUUGACGUCUGAUUAUGAAAUAAAGCAACAGGACAUGUGUCUUCUUGAA